AUGGAGGAGCCGCCUAGAGAUGGGCCUAGCUGCUGGGAAAUAGAGACCAGAUUCAUAGCCCUGCCCCUGGGCAGAAAGCUGGGGGUGAGGGACAAGGUGAGAUUGAACGCUCCACCCAAUACUGUGCUGGAAACCUUCUAUGCUACUCACAGCAAGAAGCCAAAGGCGGGGCAGCUGAUCUGCUUAUCCAAGCAGUGUGACUUGCCCACCAUAAAGGUGGAGAGGUGGUUUCGAUACCGGCGGAACCGGGACAAACCCAGCCUGACUACAAAAUUCUGUUCAGUGAGUUGGAGUUCUUUGUGUUACCUCAUUUCCUUCUGCACUGGACUUGUGGUCUUGUACGAUAAGCCCUGGUUUUGGGACCCAAGAGAAUGCUGGGUGGGGUAUCCACAGCAGCCACUACAGCGCUCUGUGUACUGGUACUACAUGAUGGAACUCUCCUUUGCCUUGUCACUGACUUUCACCAUGGCCUUUGAUGUGAAAAGAAAGGACUUUAAGGAACAAAUUGUGCACCACGCAACUACCAUCACACUGAUCAGUUACUCGUACUGUGCCAAUUACCUCCGGAUUGGGUCUUUGGUGAUGUUGCUCCAUGUUUCUUCCACUUUUCUCCUAGAGCUAACCAAGCUGCUUCAUUACUUGAACUGGAGACCCGCAAGCGACCUUCUCUUCUUAACUUUCUCAUCCGUUUUCCUUGUUACUCGGCUCAUCAUUUUCCCAUGCAGGGUGCUGUAUACUUCAUUCUAUAGUUCCAUGGAGCAAUACCAGCCCUUCUUCGGCUACUAUUUCAUGAAUGCUCUCCUGAUGGUUCUGCAGUUGCUGCACGUCUUCUGGGCCAGCCUAAUCAUUCACAUGCUCUACAAAUUCAUCAAUGGCACGGUAUAGCCAGUGCCUGUGCAACCUUAAUUCAGUCCCCUUAUUGUAUGCAUUAUGAUAUGGUACAGUCUAUAGUUAUGGAAUCACAUACUACUUUUUCCAUAAGAUCCCCAGCUGCAUUCAGGGUACAGAAUGGAUGUUGCUCAAGGCAUGAAUCAAGUCUGUGUACAGAAGAAAACUUUUUGUUUGUGGGAGCCCCACUUUUCACAGGUGGUCACUAAUUGUAUGUUCCCUAUUUUUCAGGUGUCUAGCUUGAGACCCUGGGGUCUGACUUACAG